AUGGAUUCGUCGUACCGUCCGUCCUUCGCAAGGCAAAAACGAAAGAUCAGUGAUGUGGACUCGGAGGAGGAAGAAGAGGUAGAUACAGGGCCGUCGUUUGGAUUCCAGGGAUUUGCGCCUGCCUCGACCCGUUCACCUUCACCUCCGGCGACUAUGGCGCCCAAACCUCGCCCAGCAUGGAAGAAUUCCACAAACAACGGGAGAGCUGGAGCAGGCAGCAAGUCCGGUCCUGCAAUGGUGGCCAACAGCUUUGCAGCCCGUAUGAUGGCGAAGAUGGGCUACGUCGAGGGUCAAGGUCUUGGUACAAGUGGACAGGGUAUCCUUAACCCCGUCGAGACAGUCCUCCGACCUCAGGGCGUGGGUUUGGGAGCAGUAAAGGAGAAAUCGCAACAGGCAAAGGAUGAAGCCAAACGAGAGGCUGCUAGGAGAGGAGAGGUUCUGGAAACCAGCUCCGACGAAGAACGGAAACAGCGCCAGAAACGCAAAGAAAGAAGGCAGCGGGAAGGGUUCGGUGGGAGUGGAACGAGCACCCCAAGAGGCCCAUCAAAACCGAAAUACAGGACAGCAAGGGAGAUCGAGGCGGAUGCGGCCGGGCUGGCGGUCCCUAAUGUGCUCAAGUCGCUGGUCGAUGCUACAGGCAGAGAGCAGAAGCUCCUAACCUCAACCGCAGGUCUGAUGACUCCCAUGGAAUUUGUCAAUGCAGACGAGGGUGAAGCUUGGAAAAUUGCUCGCCGCGCACGUCAUGACCUGGAAGCAUUUGCGGACGAGUGGAAAGGCCUUAGCGAAAGGAAGAAGUUUGUCGAGCUGGAGGAGGCGCAGAUUGUCGACGAGAUGGACGCACAGCAAGCCAAGUUGGAGAAAGUAUCUUCAUUAACACUUGCAAUCGAAGCGUUGGAAAUAACAGGUCCUGACGAUAGCCUUGACCAGAGAUGGGAAGCAGUUACGAAGAAGUUAGAAGGGCUUGAGACGAGUUACCAGGACCUUAUUGACGAAUGCCAGCUUCCCGAAGUUGCUGUUGCUGCUGUUCAUCCACUGCUGAAAGAGUCCCUGGAAGAUUGGGCUCCCCUUUCGAAUCCUACAUAUCUCGUAUCAAAUUUCCGCCGUCUACAUCGAUUCAUGUCACACUCGAAAAAGGCCAACGGUGAGACACAGAAACACCGCCAGUCGACAACACCGUACGAAUCUAUGAUGUACUCUCUGUGGCUACCUAGGGUUCGGUCUACGUUGCUAAAUGAGUGGGAAGUGCAUAACCCUGGCCCCGCAACGUCGCUCAUAGAAGAGUGGAAGAACCUACUGCCUGGAUUCGUUUAUUCAAAUGUACUAAAUCAACUCAUUGUUCCUAAACUCAGCGCUGCCAUAAAAGCUUGGAAGCCAAGGAGCAGUAAAAAGAACAAUGGGUCGUCGCAGCACUUUCCAUGGUGGCUAUUCGAUUGGCUAAGUUAUCUAGACGAGCACCAUACAGACCCCAAGGCGCCGACUGGCCUUCUAUCUGAUGCUAAAAGGAAAUUCCGGGUACUUCUGGAUACAUGGGAUCUGAGUCGCGGUCUAGUGCCUGGAAUAGAGUUGUGGAAGGAUGUCCUCGGUACAGAGUUUGAUAAAGCCUUACAAAAUCAUAUCCUACCCCGACUAGCCCGUCAUUUGCGAGAAAAUUUCGACGUCAACCCGCAGGAUCAGGACUUGACUGCUUUCGAAGACGUCAUGAAAUGGAAACCAUUUUUCAAACCCACCGUUAUCGGCCUUCUGCUUUCCGCGGAGUUCUUCCCAAAGUGGCAUGCCAUCCUGCACCUCUGGCUCACUUCAGAUCCAAACUAUGAUGAAGUAGGCCAAUGGUUCUCCUGGUGGAAGUCGCAGAUACCAGAUGAAAUCAACGCCGUCCCUGAGGUUGAAGAGGAGUGGAGCCGUGGCCUGGAGACGAUCAAUCUUGCACUUGAUUUGGGAGAUAAAGCGAAGACAGACCUUCCUCCUCCAGCCCCUUCAGCAUCCCAUCCAGUGCACCAGAAACACGGCCAUGGUAAACAUCGUGAUAAACAUGCGACACCUGCAAACGGGAAACCAGCGAAACCACAGAAAGUCCAGGUUGAGGAGCCCACCUUUAAGGAUAUUGUCGAAGAAUGGUGUGGAGACGAGGGUCUCAUCAUGGUCCCCCUCCGCGAAGCACACCUCCAGAGCGGUCUUCCCAUGUUCAGGAUUACGGCCAGCGCCAAUGGAAAGGGCGGCGUUCUCGUGUACCUGAAGGGGGAUGUAGUAUGGGCUCAAAACAAGAAGGCCAGAGACGUCUGGGAGCCUACCGGGCUGGAUGCAGGACUGGUUUCUCGUGCGGAAGGAAAUUGA